CCAUUCAUGCUAUUGGCAGAGCGCCCUCUGCUGUCUCACUUUUUGUAAUAUCAUUUCCAUGUAAUUAUCAAUUUGUUUACGUGUGUCUAUAGGGCUUACCAUCAUUUCUUAUAUACAAAAAUGAAAAAAAUGAAAUAUUCAUCCAUUCUGAUGCACUCUAAAGGCUUCAUAAUGGCCGAUACUGAAUAGAAAAAAAAUUAAACCAAGUUAACGUUACUUGAACGAGGAGAAUUCAAAAUGGCGCUUCCGUCAGAGGGUUGGUUAAGUUUACGUUGGUUUUUACAGGGUGCUGGAAUUGUGAUUGUGCCUUUAUUACACAAAUUAGUUCGAGUAUCAGAUCCGGCAGUUGCAGAUGUACUGUAUAUUUAUUUGUUGGUGAUUUGUGGAGCAUACGUCACCGUAAAUUUCGCAGUUUUAUUUGUGCUUCACCGGCGGAAAUACUACAGACAGAUUGCUGCUCAGGCCUGUUUCAUCGGUGUUGUCUUUGGAAUUGGUCUGUCCAUCUCCUUCUUGCACCAGAGCAUCGCUGUGUUUGGCUGGUACCUGUGCGUCCUCGGCUUUUUCCACUUCUCCGAGUACUUCUCCACCUCCAUUUACAACUACGAGAGUCUGUCGGUGGACUCAUUCCUCCUCAACCACAGCGUGGCCUAUGUGCUGGCUGCAGUCAGCAGUUGGUGCGAAUUCUUUCUGGAGCUUUAUUUUUUCCCAGAUCUGAAGCAGUGGUGGUAUGUCAGUCUGGUGGGGCUUGUCCUCUGCGUCGGUGGGGAAUUCCUACGGAAGGUGUCCAUGCUGACGGCGGGCAAGAGCUUCAACCACUACAUCCAGACCACCCGGGCCAGGGACCACGUCCUGGUCACCCACGGCGUGUACGCCUGGUCCCGCCACCCCUCCUAUGUAGGCUGGUUCUACUGGAGCAUAGGAACUCAGAUCAUUUUGUGCAACCCCCUCUGCUUUGUGGCCUACGCGAUAACCUCCUGGAGGUUCUUCAACGAGCGGAUCGAGGACGAGGAGAUCACACUGCUGAACUUCUUCGGCGAGGAGUACCUGAACUACCAGCAACGGGUGGGCACCAGACUACCGUUCAUCAAAGGCUACAAGAUGGAGCUAUGACCUUUGGCCCCUCCGCGUCGGGGCAAGGAGGUGGAUAAGAAAGACCUCUGACCCCCCCCCCCCGCCCUGCCCGACGUAAAAUGGAUGCUUGACUUUUCGCAAAAAUGGUGUGAACGUGAACCUGCUUGAGUCACCUGUGGGCCUUUUUUGGGUCCAAAUCCUGCAGUGCUAUCUGAACUAUCUGGGCAGGUGUCUUGGCAAGCAAAGUUGCUGGAAGAUGCGUUUGUGACUUUUGCUGUACACAUUAUCUCUAACUGUACAACAUUUCUCAGUGGUUAAGAAAACAACGUUAGUUCUUGAACGUGGGUAAGGAAAUGAGCAUUGCUUCUCGGUACAUAGAACAAGCAUUCAUUCUUCAUCUGUAAAUGUCAGAGUGCCAUUUGCUGACAUUGUAAAAUUUGCUUCGCUUUUGUUUUGUAUUACAAACUGGAAAAUUGCUCUUCUCAGAAAAAAUAUUGGCGGCGAUGACCACAUUGCCCAGAGGAAAACUAGCACGCUGUUUCUUGAAUUAGAGUGGGAAGGUUUAGAGUGUUGACACUUGAGAGAAAUGGUCUCUCAUCCACAAGUGUUGUAACGUGAUUGUUGAUAAUUGUGUGUGAAAUCGUUUCAGAUUACAGAAUGUAACGGUCAGAAGUGGACAUGGGGAGGGCAACUGAGCCUUUGUCUUAGACCUGUUCUACACAUGCCAAUAUUUUAGGGGUCAACCACAUGUCUGUGCAGUUCAAAACUGUGUCUGCAGUCAGUUUUAUUGUAUGUGUGUGAGUGUGCCAAGCAAGCGUAAGCAUUGGAAACGUAUGUCAUUGCUGGUACCCUGGUAACGGGUAGCCACUGAAGCUCUGAAGCGUACCAUUCAGUUUGUUCUGCCUUCCAAAAUGCUCCACUUGUUCGAUACAGUAAGUGAGGUUAUUGAAGUUCAUGGUUCCUGUUGCAAUGCACAUCAAAUCUUGACUUCAGUAAAAUGCUUUGUAUGGUAUUGUGAAAAGCAAGGGUGGACACAGAACCUUUUUGGGAGGCAACUUUUUGGGGGGUUGCCAAAAAUUAGGGAAUUUCUCCAUGUAAUUUUUUAUGGUCUUUCUGAUGUUUAAAGCUGAUUUAUAGGGUUUCCACUCAUUUUUGGGAGGAAGGGAAAUGACACGGUCUCCAAAAAUCAUCCUUUUUUUAAUGUUUAUAUUUCAAAAACAAAAAUAGAAUUUGCUCCUUGGGGUGGCUCCCUUUGCCCCCCCUAAUUUACAUAGGGUGAACAGGUGGUAUUGUCUUAUCUCUAAACUGCCAUCACCAGGAAAUUGAACACACCCCACAUCUGUCCCUGGCUGUUUGAUGUCAAACUAUGCUGCCCAUUAUUGAUGUUUGAAUCAUUUAGUUCUAAGCACACAAUCAGAAUGAAGUUUAAGUUGAGCUGGGCAAGUAUAUCUGUUCCUGCAUUUUUGUAGAUUUAGGUUGAUUCUCUAUGCAAUUAAUUUCAUGCAAUAUCUGAGAGUAAUGCUUUCUCUUUCUGUGUCCAGUACUUUGUAUCGGGCUAUCAUGAGUCAGAAAUUUAUGUGUAUAUUAACUGAUAAGUUUUGCUCGUAUUUGAAGUAUUUUAGUUACAUAUUUACACAAGUGCAGCUAAUUUUCAUUUUGUACAGGUAUUGCACGUAUUUUGCCAAAUAAAAGGAAGUGAAGAGA